AUGCUUCCUUCUCGCAUUUCUCGCGCUCUCCCUCGCGCUGCUUUUGCUCGCACUCCUAUCACAAGAGUCCCUGGUGCUACUUUCCGCCGAUGGAACUCCACAGAGGGUGGCGAUGAGAAGGUGAAGGGCCAGGUCAUUGGUAUCGAUCUUGGUACCACUAACUCCGCCGUUGCCGUCAUGGAGGGCAAGACCCCUAAGAUUAUUGAGAACUCCGAGGGUGCUCGUACCACUCCCUCAGUUGUCGGUUUCGCCCAGGAUGGUGAGCGACUAGUCGGUAUUGCCGCCAAGCGUCAGGCCGUUGUCAACCCCGAGAACACUCUUUUCGCUACCAAGCGUCUCAUCGGUCGCAAGUUCACCGAUGCUGAGGUUCAGCGUGAUAUCAAGGAGGUUCCCUACAAGAUUGUUCAGCACACCAACGGUGACGCCUGGGUUGAGGCCCGUGGCCAGAAGUACUCCCCCAGUCAGAUUGGUGGAUUUGUCUUGAACAAGAUGAAGGAGACCGCUGAGGCCUACCUCGGACGCCCCGUUAAAAAUGCCGUCGUCACCGUCCCUGCCUACUUCAACGACUCCCAGCGUCAAGCUACUAAAGAUGCCGGUCAGAUCUCCGGUCUGAACGUCCUCCGUGUCGUCAACGAGCCUACCGCCGCCGCCCUGGCUUACGGUCUCGAGAAGCAGAACGACCGCGUUGUCGCUGUCUACGAUCUUGGUGGUGGUACCUUCGAUAUCUCUGUCCUGGAGAUCCAGAAGGGUGUGUUCGAGGUCAAGUCCACCAACGGUGACACCCACCUUGGUGGUGAGGAUUUCGAUAUCCACCUUGUCCGUCACAUUCUGGAUCAGUUCAAGAAGGAGUCCAGCAUUGACCUUUCUGGUGAUCGUAUGGCUAUCCAGCGUAUCCGUGAGGCUGCCGAGAAGGCCAAGAUUGAACUAUCCUCUUCCUUGCAGACUGAGAUCAACCUGCCCUUCAUCACUGCCGAUGCUUCCGGUGCCAAGCACAUCAACUUGAAGAUGUCCCGUUCCCAGCUCGAAGCUCUUGUUGAGCCUCUCAUCAAGCGCACAAUUGAGCCCGUCCGCAAGGCCCUCAAGGAUGCCAAUCUCCAGUCCAGCGAGAUCCAGGACGUUAUCCUUGUCGGUGGUAUGACCCGUAUGCCCAAGGUCACCGAGUCCGUCAAGUCCAUGUUUGGUCGUGAGGCUGCCAAGUCCGUCAACCCUGACGAGGCUGUCGCUAUCGGUGCCGCUGUCCAGGGUGCCGUUCUUUCCGGUGAGGUCACUGACGUCCUCCUGCUUGAUGUCACUCCCCUCUCCCUCGGUAUUGAGACCCUCGGCGGUGUCUUCACCCGUCUGAUCACCCGUAACACCACCAUCCCCACCAAGAAGUCCCAGACUUUCUCCACUGCUGCCGACAUGCAGACCGCUGUCGAGAUCAAGGUCUUCCAGGGUGAGCGUGAACUCGUCAAGGAUAACAAGAUGUUGGGUAACUUCCAGCUUGUUGGCAUUCCCCCUGCCCACCGUGGUGUUCCCCAGAUCGAGGUCACCUUCGACAUUGACGCUGACUCCAUUGUCCACGUCCAUGCCAAGGACAAGUCUACCAACAAGGACCAGUCCAUCACCAUCGCCUCCGGCUCUGGUCUUUCCGACUCUGAGAUCGAGUCCAUGGUCCAGGACUCCGAGAAGUACGCUGAGUCUGACAAGGAGCGCAAGGCCGCCAUUGAGGCUGCCAACCGCGCCGACAGCGUCCUGAACGAUACCGAGAAGGCCCUCAAGGACUUCGAGGACCGUCUUGACAAGACCGAGGCCGAGACCAUCAAGGAGAAGAUUGCCUCUCUCCGCGAGUUUGUCGUCAAGAACCAGUCUGGUGAGGGCACUGCCACCGCCGAGGAGCUCAAGGAGAAGACUGAUGAGCUCCAGACUGCUUCCCUGACUCUGUUCGACAAGAUGCACAAGGCCCAGAACGAGCAGCAGGGUCAGCAGCAGCAGGGUGAGCAACAGGGUGAGAACAAGCAGUAA